GUAAGGCCUGUUGAACGCGUGCGGGGGAGGUGGCUUCUUCCGGGUGGGCCGAGGGGCAGCUGCGUAUUCAGCGCUGAAGGACACAGGCUGCGGAGUUGGUGUCUUUUGGAAGUUUCUCCUAGAAACCCACUUGAUGCUACUGAAAUCAUGGCAGGUCCAGAAACUGAUGCCCAAUUCCAUUUCACUGGCAUCAAAAAAUAUUUCAACUCUUACACUCUCACAGGGAGAAUGAAUUGUGUUCUGGCCACGUAUGGAAGCAUUGCUUUGUUAGUCUUAUACUUCAAGUUAAGGUCUAAAAAAACUCCAGCUGUGAAAGCAACAUAAAUGGAUCCUAAACUGUACCUCAUCUGUUAAGUUCCCACGCCUGAAGAAACUAAUGUCAGCUCAUCAUGUGAUACUCAAUUUGUACAAUAAAUUAUGAACCUGGAAAA